GGCACAAAGGACUGUAAGUCCCGAUGUGUAAGUUUCACAAGAGUACAAUGCAGUCCAUGUUUUGUAUUAAUACGUUCAAUUAACUGAUCGACACAGGAUUCCUUUGAGAGAGAAAGAAAAGCAACUUCGAUACCACCAGCAUUGGCCAUUAUUCUGCGUUGUUUCUGCUGUGCUGUGCGGGAACUUGUAAGAAAAAUACACUGGAAUUCGAGUAGCAAAGAAAUCUGAUGAUUAUAAUUUCCACAAGCGUUGACGAUUGCGAAAUGUCAUAUGACCCUGAGGAGAGGGCGGGAUGUUCUAUGGAGGCCCGCCUUAAUGGGCGUUUCUUAUACCCAUGUUAAGCAUGCGCACUUUGCUUCCACUGAAAGGUUAUUCACCAAGCCUUAUUUGAUCACAUUAUGCUAAGAAUUUCGAAAUCAAUUAUCUGUGUUUUUAUAUUCAUUCCACCCCUCGCAAUAGAAUUUCCAGUUAUAUUUUACAAUUGGCAUGAUUGGUUAUAACAUUUUCUUUCUUUGUAAUGACACCGAACUGCAAACGUUUCCCAAAGAAACUACUUUCCUCGCUUAUAUUCUGCAACUCCAGACAGUGAGUGCCUGAAACCGAAAAGUCACAUGGCAGCAGAACUUCUUCAAGACAACAUGGAGUCGGAAAUAAAAGAACUCCGUGAGAUCGUUCAAAAUUACAAACCGGGUAUUACUGUAACAGUUCCCGACAAAAUAAUAUUUCCCGAAAAUUUGUUCAUUGGACUGUUUGGCAGGACAGGAUGCGGGAAAAGCUCUCUGAUAAAUUCCCUAAAAUUUGCUGUAUCAGGACGUCUGAGAAGGGCACAGUGGGUCGACGUUGCAAGUCAAGAGAAGGCAGGAGGCCACACAAUGUUCAGAAAGAUAGCCAAUUUGACCCACUGCAUGUACGUAAUUGAUAACCGAGGCUUGGACAGCCCGAGUACAGAACAAGCACAAGGUGAAAUAGCAGCGCAACUGGAUGGUCAUCGAGGCUACAGUGAACGUGUGCAGUGGGCAGUUGAUGAAGAGCAACCGAGUUCUGAUACGUCAUGUACACCAACACUAAACCUUGAAACAGGACACCCGAUUUCUUGCGUUAUUUUCGUGUUCAGCGCCAUUCACGAUAUAGAGGCUGACUUCGCAGGGCUUAAUCUCGUGAUCGAUUUCUUUCAUCGACACCAAGGUUGCUACCCCAUCGCUGUUGUCACUCACGUUGACGUUGCAGAGCGAAAGAACGUCGAAAUCCUGGCUGCCGUGCUCCGUGUAUCAGGGUUUGGUGACAUCUACGAGGUGGCUAACAUCACAGACGAACACACCAAACUCGACGAGCAAUACCAACUCAAUCUUUUGUCCCUGCUUGAGAGAUGCAUGACGAUCGGAGAUAAUACUGCUGUCUUUAAGCAUUACCAACGAGUAGAGAAGGAGAAGAAGAAAAAUAUGCUGAAGAUGGGUCGUAGAGAAAAGGUAGUAACACCGGAAAACGCUGCGCGUACCAAGCCCACUGACAUGACUGAAUACCAGCGUUGCAAAAGGGGAGAGGUUAAAGAGACGUUGCAAAAAACGGAGGAGGAACGGAAGGAGAUUGAAACACUUAAGAACGACUUUCAGAUGAAGAUGAUGGAACUGGAGAUGUUAGAGUACGAGCACAAGAUGAAGAUGAAGCUACAGCAACAGAGGCAUGAGCUUGAGAUGCAACGGAACGCCCUGGAGAUCCGGGAGAUGAAACUCCAGGAGGAAGAAAGGGAACGUCGCUUUCAAGAACAGUUGCGGAAGAUCGAGAGUGAUAAUCGGGGAGAACUCAUCCGAGUCAUGGAGGCAAAUAAUGCCGUCAAGGGAGCUAGAUGUCCAAGGUUUCAACCAGUAAUCAGUCUUCCUAGCCCACUUCCUUCAUGUCGUAUUCAGUGAUUUCAAAAUUAUUUUGAAUUCAGUCGACACACAUUGACUGUAGACGUAUUGAGCGGACGCAUGCGCACAAUUUUAAGACGCUCGAUGGGCUAGCCCAGCGGCAGUUCUAUAGAGCUUCUAUUGUUAAGAGUAAACUCAUUUCUUUCAGAGUAAGUUCAUUUCUAUCGACAAAUAAAAAAUACAAAAUACACUUGCCACUAAUUUCAUUCCGUAGCUCAACCGGUGGAGCUGAGGGUCCUACACAUACUGUGUUCACUAAUAAUCAUUUAAGAGGCUGGCCAAGAUCAAACACUCCUAAAAAGUAUUGCGAGUACUGCAGUAUGAUUCCUGCAACAGUAAUGCCACCUACCUCAAAAUGUGGUAAAUUAAUUUACAACAGCUACCCCUUUUUAGCACCAAUACAAUCAUUCAUUCGAACUGGUUCUACGGAAACAUACGCCAUGGGGGAAAACCAUCACAUGUACGGUAUAUACAAAUAUGAUGAAAAUAUGGUUUAACCACUGAGUAAAGAUUCGGUUAUCAGGAGUUAUUACUGUCCUGAAAAAAGGUAUUUUACGAUUCAUUAUAUAUUUUUUUUACUUAACAUUAUAUGUAAAGGAAUAUUAAUCUAGGUAAUAAGAUUGAUCAUAAAUUGAGUUUUAUCAAAUGAUCAUAAUACACCUACCGCUUUUAGUCACCUUCCUUAAAAAUCAUCAUUAGUGUCUGAUUAUUACCAAUCAUCUGGAGGUCUUUUCCUAUUAUAAUGUAAGUCCUGUAGCUGUUGAUAAGCUUUUGUGAUUAUGAUUAUUAGUUUUGCUCUUAUUUUGCCUAGAUUGCCAGGAAAACUUGUUAAACAUGAUAGGAGAUAGAGAUAGAAAGCUGCGCCUAAAAAACGGGAAAUAAAACAUGAGAUAAACAUUUAAAAAAUCAUCUAUUUUAUCAUUCAGGAAAGGCUAUUAUGAUGUGUGUAUUAUGAUAUUUCUUAAGAAAAUAAUAUGUGUAAUCCGGAAAGCAAAGAAAAAGGUCAUCCAUUUUGUGUGUGUGUACAAAGCUAUGGAAUCACGACACUACUGGCACAAAAUGACAAAAUAACAUGAAUCCUGACUGGAGGCCGGUGAAAAGCAAAAUAAAUCGUAUUUUGAAAUACCCUUAACCUAUUCUCAAGCAACGUACUCCGGUGGCAAGCGGUGAAAAUGCAUUACCCUUAUAUCGCAGUGUUUUGUAACUUAUGAGCUUUCGCUUGUUAAAUGAUGUCAAUUGUCAACUUUAUUUUGAGAUUCUGUCAGAGUUUUUAACGUAAUUAAAAAUAUAUCCAUUUACCCAGCCUACCCAGCAAAAAAAGUUUGUGAUAAUUAAAUAUUCACAUGUAAUUGAUUUUUUAAUAGAAGCAAACAAAAAAUGACUAAAGAAAUUUUUAGUUAUUCCAAAUAAGCAAUGUAGUAAAUGUAAUAAAGCAUGAUCAUGGACAAUUGAUUACUGGUAGGCCUAAUGGAGGGAACCCAUCACUAAUAUAUAUUAAAUAACUUUUGGAAUUUGGAAAAAAAUAUUUAUAAUUAUUUUAGUAUCAUUUUAGUAUUAUCUAGAUACAAACAAUAAAACAGCUAUGAUAUCCAGAAUACAAACACAGACAUGUCCAAGGGUUAUGCUUGACAUGAUUAGAAAGAACAUCUUUUUCAAAAGAAAAAAUAACUACUUGAACGGCUUGUGACAACAGUGUGUGUUCGCUGAGCGGGAGUGAAACGGGGUGCACUUACCGCGCUCUUUCCAGACAACCGGGGGGGGGGGGGGCUUUCACGAAAGGCUAUGUUGAGUAGUUUCUCAUUGCCCUGGGAAGCGGGGUGCUGCGUGUUUAUUUUUCAUAGGCAGCAUCAGUAAUUCUGGAAGGUGUGAAAAAUGGAGAAAUGUAACCAAAAUGACCUAAAUUUUCUACAGAAACCUUCGGGUUUUUUUGCUUGUCAAAUUUACACCAGCACAGCAAACCCGAGUCAUAAAGUUGUUCCAAGGGCCCUGAGAUAGCUUUUCCAUUAAGGCAACUGCCAUGGUCACGAUGUUCAGCAGCCAUUUGCAAAGCUUCCAAGAUGUAUAUACAAAAGUUAUCUUAGCUCUUAAUGAAACGAAACCAAAGCGAUAUAUUGACUUAUGAAGUUAUCGCGUUCGUUGAAGUUAAUGUUUAAUCUCAAUGAGUAACCAGACUAAAAUCUACAGCAAAUUACUAGGCGACUCCUUUAAUGUCAGAAUUGUAAUGGAAAGUGUAUUAUAUGCAGCACAAACGAGACUGGGUAAAUUAUUAGGAUAUACAUGUAUAUGUGUAUAGUUUGAAUAAACUAAGUGUUUC